AAGGGCCCCGGCGUCUGGGUGCAGGGAGGGCGCGCGCGGGACUUUCAAGCCGCGGACCGGGAUCGCCAGCUGCUAUGAGCCUCUGGGCGGACAAAUACCGGCCCUGCUCGCUGUCCCGGCUGGACUAUCACAAGGAGCAGGCGGCCCAGCUGCGCAACCUGGUGCAAUGCGGGGACUUCCCUCACCUGUUAGUGUACGGACCGUCAGGCGCCGGAAAGAAGACGAGGAUCAUGUGCCUCCUCCGCGAACUGUACGGCGUGGGGGUGGAGAAGCUGAGGAUCGAGCACCAGACCAUCACGACUCCAUCUAAAAAGAAAAUUGAAAUUAGCACUAUUGCAAGCAAUUACCACCUCGAAGUUAAUCCCAGCGACGCUGGGAACAGUGACCGGGUGGUCGUCCAGGAGAUGCUGAAGACGGUGGCCCAGUCCCAGCAGCUGGAGACAAGCUCCCAGAGGGACUUCAAAGUGGUCCUGCUGACGGAGGUGGACAAGCUCACCAAGGACGCGCAGCACGCCUUGCGCAGGACCAUGGAGAAGUACAUGGCCACCUGCCGGCUGAUCCUGUGCUGCAACUCCACGUCCAAGGUGAUCCCGCCCAUCCGCAGCCGGUGCCUGGCCGUGCGCGUGCCCGCGCCCAGCGUCGAGGACAUCUGCGACGUGCUGUCCGCCGUGUGCAAGAAGGAGGGCCUGAGCCUGCCCCCGCCGCUGGCCCGCAGGCUGGCCGAGAAGUCCUGCCGGAACCUCAGGAAGGCCCUGCUCAUGUGCGAGGCCUGCCGCGUGCAGCAGUACCCCUUCACCGCAGACCAGGACAUCCCUGAGACAGACUGGGAGGUGUACCUGCGGGAGACCGCCAACGCCAUCGUGAGCCAGCAGACCCCGCAGAGGCUCCUGGAAGUUCGAGGAAGACUGUAUGAGCUUUUAACUCAUUGCAUCCCUCCCGAAAUAAUAAUGAAGGGCCUGCUCUCGGAGCUCCUGCACAACUGUGACGGCCAGCUGAAAGGGGAGGUGGCCCAGAUGGCGGCGUACUACGAGCACCGCCUGCAGCUGGGGAGCAAAGCCAUCUACCACCUGGAAGCGUUCGUGGCCAAGUUCAUGGCGCUUUACAAGAAGUUCAUGGAGGACGGCCUGGAAGGCAUGAUGUUCUGACACUCGGCCGUGACCCCUCCUGCCGUGUCUCCGUGUCCGCCGUUGCAGCCCGUGCUCACUCGCGGAGCCGCGGAGGAAAUAAACUCGACUCGACCUCA